GACGAUCGUCCGCUCACUGUCUCGUACUCCGAUUGGCGUCAAAUGACUACCCUCAUGGAGAUGCCCUUCGUAAUCAGCUUCUGGCAGCGGGUUCAGAUAUUCCAGAGUCUAGUGAUGGAGAAUCGUCAAUCCAUUCAGGGUCCGUCGCGCGCCACUUUGAAUUACGUCCCAGAGCGCGAGAUCCACUCAUUGGCUCCAAUUCAAAUUCGUGCCCGUCGAGGCUACAUCUACGAGGACGCGUUUGAGAAGCUCUCCAAGGAGAACGAGCCCUCCUUGCACCCACGCCUAAACGUGACCUUCCUCAACGAGGCCGACGUCGUGGAGAUGGGAGUCGACGGCGGCGGGCUGUCGCGUGAAUUCCUCAACCAGGCCAUCGCCGAGGGCUUCAACCCGGCGCGCGGCUUCUUCCUCUACACCGACGACAACACCCUCUACCCCAAUCCCAACGCGGCCGCCGUCACGCCCGACUACCUCAAGCACUUCUUCUUCCUCGGCCGCCUCCUCGCCAAGGCCAUCUACGAGGGCAUGCUGGUGGAGCUGCGCUUCGCGCACUUCUUCCUGGCCAAACUCGUCAGCAGGACGGAGGGCUUCAGUGUCGGCUUCGACUACCUCCGCUCCCUCGACAAGGAGCUCUACAGGCAAGUCUCUGACUCACCCCAACCCACCCACCCCCUGUACGCAGACGGCGGUGUCGUUAAUUUGCGUCUCUUUACCAGGCAGUUGUGCAUGCUGAAGACGUACGAGGGGAAUGUGCGUGACUUGGAGUUGGACUUCACCACGGUGCAGUCGGCGUUCGGUGAAUCCCGGGUGAUCGAGUUGAAACCGGGCGGGUCGUCGAUCCCCGUCACAAACGCCACUCGUGUGGAGUACGUCCAUUUGGUCGCAAACUACAAGCUCAACAGACAGAUUUACCGUCAAUCGAAGGCAUUCAUCGCUGGAAUGGCAGACGUGUUGUUCUUGGACUGGCUGCGUUUGUUCGAUGCCGAGGAACUUCAAGUCCUCAUCUCUGGCGCUGACAUGGACAUCGAUGUGGACGAUUUGAAGGCCCACACGCACUACGUCGGAGGUAUGAAAUCACCCAACCCUUCCGAUAUGACGCUGCCCGCGAAUAAAAUGACCGUCGAGAUCUUCUGGCGCGUGGUGCAUGGCUUUACGCAGGAGCAGAAGCGGUCGUUGCUUCGUUUCGCGACUGCGUGUUCGCGACCGCCCAUGUUCGGCUUUCAGGACCUACAACCGCCGUUCUCCAUCCAAGUGGUUCCAGACACGGAGCGUCUUCCGACGUCCAGCACGUGCAUGAACCUCCUCAAAAUUCCCGCCUACCAGGACUCCCGAUUGCUGCGUUCAAAGCUGCUCUACGCGCUCAACGCGAACGCCGGCUUUGAGUACAGCUAG